UUCCUUUUCCGGUGCCAGGAGGAGCCGUGUCGCUGUCGUCUCGGUCCAUCAGGCCUUCAGCGGGUCUCCAUUGCCCGUCUCUCUGGACUCACCGCCGCCACUGUGCCGCGCCUAGGACUCGGAUCCUGCCGGGAAAAUGUCAGAUGAAUUUUCGUUGGCAGAUGCGCUACCUGAACAGUCCUCUGCCAAACCGCCUGCUGUGACCAAUACAAAAGCUGGCCAUUCUUCUCAAGGGUGGCCAGGCUCCAGCCCGUGGAGUAACCCAAGUGCUCCACCUGCAAUGCCAUCUGGACUCCCCCCGAGUAGCGCAGCACCCUCUACUGUGCCUUUUGGACCAGUACCAACAGGAAUGUAUCCCUCCAUGCCUCCAACCGGACCACCCCCAGGACCCCCGGGACCCUUUCCUCCUCCUGGACCAUCAUGCCCCCCACCUGGUGUUCCUUAUCCAGCCCCUGCUGUGCCAGGCCCUGGCCCCACAGGGCCAUAUGCUACGCCAAAUAUGCCUAUGCCAGAGCUGCCUAGGCCGUAUGGUGCGCCCACAGAUCCAGCUGCAGCCGGUUCUUUAGGUCCAUGGGGACCCAUGUCUUCUGGACCUUGGGCACCAGGAAUUGCGGGGCAGCAUCCUAACAUGCCAUAUCGAUCUCCAGGGCCAUAUCCCACUGUUCCUCCUCCAGUGUCAGGAGCACCGCCUGUUCCGUGGGGCACUGUGCCACCAGGAGCCUGGGGACCAGCAGCACCAUAUCCCGGCCCUGCAGGAUCAUACCCCACGCCAGCACCCCAUCCUGCUCUGAACAACCCUUACCAAGUGCCUUCAGGACCUGCUGGUGCUCCACCCAUGCCUGGUGGCCCCCACAAAGUGAAUGCAGUCCCAGGUGGCUCCCUUUCUGAUGACUCUGACCAGGAGAGCUCCCCAGAGUCCACUGGACAGACGAAGCUUCUGAAGGUAGAUGGCAAACCCCUCAGGAAAAGACGUCCCAAGAGGAAGAGGAAGCCAGUAACUUGGGGAGACAUCAAGAAUUUAACUUAUCAAGCAGAGACCUUGGGGAAACAACAAGGAUAUAAUACUAAUGACCCAAAAAUGAUGCUGUUGUGUUUAAUAACUAUAUUACAUGUUAAUUCUCAGCAUGACCACUCAGAUCCCAAUUGACUUGUUGGAGAGAUAAAGGUAUAACUGUGAUAAAUAGUGUAAUGUUGUUCUGCCAUGCUAAGGAUUUUUUUUUUUUAUUAUUCCUUUGGGACCAGUUGUUUGGACAGAGGAUGGUAUGCAAAUAUUUCCUUGCACAUUUUGGUGGGACUUAGCUAAUUGAUCAGUUCACAUCAGUAAUAACAGUUUUUAGCAUAACUAAGUACUCUUUUAAAGCUCUGAUAAUGGGAACUAAAGUUAUGUAAAGAUUAAAAGAGGAAUUUUUUUGUAUUGCUUACUAAAGUUGCUAUUAUUGUACCUACAAUGGCACAACCUGUUACCAGUGGUUUAGAAAAUAACCUCUGGCUUCAUGUGCCACAUGACUGUCAACAAGACCAGUCUGUGUAUCAGAAGAGACACCAGUCUAUUCCUAAGUUUUUUUCCUUAAGACUUAUUUAUUACAUAUACAGUGUUUCGCUUGCAUGUGUGCCUAAAAGCCAGAAAAGAGCAUCAGAUCCCAUUACAGAUGGUUGUGAGCCACCAUGUGGUUGCUGGGAAUUGAACUUGGGGCCUCUGGAAAAGCAGCCCCUGCUCUUAACCUCUGAGCCAUCUCUCCAGCUCCUACUCCUGGACUCUUGUCAAUGGUAUUCUGGUAUGUGGGGCUUUAAUGAGCCAGGCUUUUCUCAUACUAUCUAUGGUCAGAUUAAUGAUAUGCAUAAAGAGAGAAAAUCUUGCAGGUACCUUUGAGUGGCCAUCAUAAAGAUGGCUUUCCUCUUUCUUUGGUCCUCUGUAAGCUGUUUUAUAAUUCUGCUAUGCUUGCCUGUAUUAGACUAGCCAUGUGGACAGUGCAUUCAACCUUGGCCACAAUUUUCUUCUUAAAAAGUAAAAAAGCAGGGAGCUAUGGGGGCACUAGUGGAACCAGGAAUGUUAAGCACACAGGGUUGUCUCCUCUAAGGAGGAGAUGGACGGCCUGUUUUCCUCCCAGAAGACUGGGAGCAGGUGUGCUUAAUAACCUGGUGACCUUUGUGCUGUCUGUGUGGCCAAGACCACACUGGAGUCUCCCCCAGACACUUACAGUGAACUUGUCAAUAUGUAGACUUCGCCUUUAUGGAAAAUGUCAUGUGUAUUUUUACAAAGUGUUUUUAUGUAGUCCUGUCUUAAGCGUCAUUGUGCAUGUGGGACUGAGUUAUUUAUUGCCAGGAAAUUUUUCACCGAAUUGUGCUGUGCUUAAAGACGCCUAAACUAUUUAGAGUCAGACUCUGAAACCAGCUACCCAGUCAUGUUGAACUGAGCUGCCUUGCCCCUUGCAGAUCGCCACUUGUCGCUUCUGCACGGGGCAAACAAGCCAUGGGUACUGGAUGAGCCACUCAGAAAACCAAUAAACAUAUCCUAUGGGCUAUACCUAGGAGAGGCAUAAAAGCAUAUUCCAAGAACAGUUCUAUGUUUUUGAAUAAUGGAGAUCACAAGACUUGGUUUCUUGGAGUUUUCUCAUAAGCACUCAGAAGUUUCACGUGAUUCCAUUCUUGCAUCCUGGUCUAAUAUCUUCCCUGUUAUGUGGGUUUUUAACCCAAGGCAUCCAGACUAGUUUUGUUUUGAGAUGUUGUUGAUAAAGCUAAUUACCAUUUGAUGCAUGUGUAUCCUAUAAGUAUACAAAUGAUCAAUACAAUACCCUUAGAACAGUGAAAGCACUGUGUGUGAUACAUCUCCACUAAGAUAAGUGACCCAAACUGUGUCCAGCACUAUCAAUGUCUAGUGCAUGGGGACCCUGGAUAGGUCACAGUGAUGAGGACACAGGAUGCAGAGUAACCGUGAACCACUGCAUUCCUUAUUGAAUGUUCCAGCAUCUUUUAUAGGCAAGCAGAAUAAAGAUUUCUUGAAGCUUAGCAGCUUCUGUUUCUUAGGCCGUAGGUAAUCUAGGUUCAAGGUGAGCAAACCUUGCAGACUGAGGACUCUGUCAGCAGUCCAACUCUUUUAAGUGUUGCUUAGUUUGAUUAAAAUGAAAGGUUUUUCUCAUGAGAAGAUCAUGAAGGCCACUUCUCCAGGCAAGCCGCUUACUUUGCAGACACCGGGACUCUUCGCUGAGAAAGUGGCUUUCUCAGAGUCCCAGUGCGCUGUCCUUACAUCACCUAGCAGGCUGGAGCACUCACCUCGUGCUAGUUCUCCAUCAUUUUUAUUUUUUAAUUUAGCUUCUAAAUGUUUUUGCCAUGAUGUACGUGUUUGUGAAGUGUGUUUAUGAAAGCAACACUUGUAAAUAGCCGAUCCAACAGUGCUAAUUAAAACAGUGCUAAUAAGUAAAGCAACCCUGUCCCUCCGGCCUCGUGAGUCACGCUCUGUAUUAGAGUUUUAGGAUCUGUGCCAGUUUAUCGGCUAAUAUUUGAGCAAUAUCAGGUACAUCAUCAUAUGAAAAUUAUUUUUUGAAUGUGUCUAGCACUUGGUGGUGUAACUGUUCAAUAUCCUUUCUAAUAGUAGAAUUUCCUUUCAAAUAUUGUUGGAUCUUAUUCCAAUCCUGAUGGCUGGCAUUAUAUUGAAAAUUAGUAACGUAAAAUGUAGUAGAAUUCCAUUCACAAUUUAACUGCAACUGUUGUUGCACACUCAAAUAUUUUUGACCUAACAAGAUACAGGUUGCUUUAAUGCAUCUACUUCUGUCUGCAACCUUGCGUCGAUGUCCCUCUGAGGAACCCACAAUUCAUGAGCGUACUUAUGCCAUUGUUCUACAGAAGGUUUAGUGUGGAAAGAACUAUGCAAAGCCACCCCAGCUACUGAGCCUGUGGACUCAGCAAUAAGACUUAAAAUUCCAGCAACGAUUCCUAACUUACGCUUUGUUCUUUUUUUAUCUCUCCAUGAGCUGUUAUUAAUCCACAUGGUUUAAAUACUUCUGGUAAAACUUGUAAAAGAUUUCUAGUUCUGCCAUGCUAAGUCCUGCAAAAAAAAAAAAAUCCAUAUAAUGAGAAAUAUAUAAAUGAGGAUUAUCUACAUAGAUCUGACACAUGGUAGGGGAAUUCAUUAUUCCUUGUAGGAGUACUUUCCAUUGAUAUCUUUAGUGUGGCCCCCCUAUUAUUUACAUAAGGUAUUGAAAAAGCAAAACCUUUCCUCUGAUUUCAAUGAACAGGAGUGAUUUAAAAAAAACAAAACAAAACAGUCUUGCCAAUCAAUUACAAUUUACAGGCCAAGAAGAAGGUAAUGUAGAUGGCUGAGGAGUCCUGGUUACAGGGUUCCCAUGGGAUACAUAGUAGAAUUAACUCCCCUUCAGUCUGUUAACAACCUCCAUUUCCCAGACUUCUUAUUCACAAAAAUAGGGGGGUUCCAUGGAGAUGUAGAUGGUUCAAUUUGCCCUUUUUGAAGUUGCUUCUCAACCACAGGUUGUGCGGCAUCCAAUUGCUGCUUUGUUCAGUCCAGAGGGGAUACGUUUUUCCCAUAGAAUUUGUAUAGACUACAUCUAUAGAGUAUUAAAUGUUAAAUGAGCACCCCGUUGCUCCAAGACAUCUCUUACAAAAAUACUAACAGGUACUUGUAAUAAGAAAGGUUUUAAAACAGCAGUUUGCCCAUCUUCAGUAAUCGAAGUAAUCGAAGACAUGAUCUAAACACUUUGUUUAAUAGAGAUUAGAGGCUGAGAACCAAUACCUUUUAUUUCACAAGGUAGUUGUUGUACAGGCCAACUUAAAGGCCAGUCUUUUUCUGUAAUUAUAGUAAUAUCAGACCCUGUAUCUAUCAGACCAAUAAAAGAUU